AGCCUUAUUAUACUCCUAAAUAAACAAAGAACACUUCAAGUCAUCAUCUUCCCCAAUUAAACCCCAUUUUCACACACUCAAAACACACUCAAUUUUCACACACAAACAUGCUAUCAAGCCCAUCACUAAUGGACACUCUUUUCCAACGAUCCCUUGAAGAUCUCAUCAAGGGCCUCCGUCUCCACCUCCCUGGCACACCCACGUCAAAUUUCAUCUCAAAAAACAUUGAAGAAAUCAAGAAAGAGAUCAAAUCAACUGAUCUCAAUACAAAGUCAAUAGCCCUUCAGAAGCUAACUUAUCUGCACUCUCUGUAUGGGAUUAACAUGUCGAAUUGGGCUUCUUUUCAUGCCAUUGAGCUCACUUCUUCACCCUUUUUUGGGCACAAAAAGGUGGGGUAUUUAGCAGUUUCGAUAUCGUUUAACUCAAAUACUGAGGUUCUUUUGCUGCUAGUUAAUCAAUUGAGGAAGGAUCUUGGAAGCCCAUGUGAGUUUGAGGUUAGUUUGGCUCUUGAAACUAUUGGGUUUGUGAUUAAUCAAGAACUUGCUGUUAAUUUAAUUGAUAAUGUGUUUGUGUUGAUUAGUAGUAGUAAGAGUUUUGUGCGAAAGAAAGCGAUUGUGACCUUGUUGAGGGUUUUUGAGGUUUACCCAGAUGGUAUUAAGGUUUGUUUUAAGAGGUUGGUGGAGAAUUUGGAGAAUGGGGAUGUGGGGUGUGUAAGUGCGAGUGUGGGCGUGUUUUGUGAGCUAGCGAUGAGGGAGCCGAGGUUGUGUUUGCCGUUGGCACCUGAGUUUUAUAAAAUUUUGGUUGAUUGUAGAAAUAAUUGGGUUUUGAUUAAGGUUUUGAAGGUGUUUGGGAAGUUGGCGGAGUUGGAACCUAGGUUAGGGAAGAAGUUGGUUGAUCCGGUUUGUGAGCAUUUAAGGAGGACGGGGGCUAAGUCGGUUGUGUUUGAGUGUGUUAGGACUAUUGUUAGUUGUUUGAGUGAGUUUGAUUACGCUUUGAGACUUGCGGUUGAGAAGAUUCGGGAGUUUUUGGUUGAUGAUGACCCAAAUCUUAAGUAUUUAGGUUUGCAAGGGUUGUCGAUUGUUUCGAGGAAGUGUUUGUGGGCGGUGGUGGAGAAUAAAGAUGCUGUGAUUAAGUCUUUGAGUGAUGCGGAUGUGAAUAUUAAAUCAGAGGCUUUGAGGCUCGUCAUGGCUAUGGUUUCAGAAGAUAAUGUGACGGAGAUAUGCAAGGUUCUGAUUAGUUAUGCUAUAAAAUCUGAUCCUGAGUUUUGUAAUGAGAUUCUUGCAGCCAUUUUAUCGACUUGUGGUAGCAAUGUGUAUGAGUUAAUUAUUGAUUUUGAUUGGUAUAUAUCUCUGCUCGGGGAAAUGGCUAGGAUUCAGCAUUGUCAAAAGGGAGAGGAAAUUGAGAAUCAAUUAAUAGAUAUUGGUAUGAGGGUCAGAGAUGUUAGACCAGAACUUGUUCGUGUUGGCCGGGAUCUACUUAUUGAUCCCGCUUUACUUGGAAAUCCUUUCAUUCAUAGAAUAUUAUCUGCAGCUGCUUGGUUAUGUGGGGAGCAUGUUCAGUUCACUAAAAAUCCAUUUGAAGUUAUGGACGCACUUUUACAGCCACGCACAAAUCUUUUGCCAGCAUCGAUAAGAGCUGUCUAUAUUCAUUCUGCAUUUAAAGUUUUGUCCUUCUGCCUUCAUUCUUAUCUCUUGCCAAAUGAAAGUGCAUCCUCUUGGGUAGAUUCUGAUGCCGGGGAACCAUAUUUACUUUCAGAAAGUGAAAUCCUGGAAACUUCUAAUUCAUCUGCACUAAAUGAUGAUCAAAUAUAUGAGCAAAGGGUUUUAAAUCUGGCAGAAGGAGCAUCUUCCAUAGAGAAUGUUCUUGAUACAAAUGUUGCUCAAGAACAGAGCACGUUGCCUUUGAAGAAAGGCCUUUUCACUGAAGAAUCUAUUAAAAACUUAUUAUCUCUUGUUGAAACAGCUUUGCGUCCAUUAUCCGGAAGUCACGAGGUGGAAAUACAAGAGAGAGUUUGCAACAUUCUUGGUUUGAUUGAGCUGAUGCAGGGAGAAUUACCUAAUUCUGUUAUCCAGGGGGGAGAAAACUUUGAGAAGGGAGAAUCAAAAGCUUCUGAUUUUAUCAAGCUGGUGCAUGAUGCCUUCUCAGAAGAUCUUGGGCCGAUUUCCCUUAGUGCCCAAGAAAGGGUACCUAUACCAGAUGGACUUUUGCUCGAGGAGAAUCUCAACAACCUGGAUAAGAUAUGCGGUGAUAUAGAGUUACCAGUGUCGACUUCUUUCUCCUUAGGAAGGCCUGUUUCCGAUAAGCAUGAUAGUGUUCCCCUCUUUAACAACCAUGACAAAGAUGAAUCCGAGCUAUCUAAGGAAUCAACGUCUCUGCUUACUGAACACCGAAAGCGACAUGGGUUAUAUUAUCUUUCUUCGGAUAAGAAGGAAGUGGUUUCUGAUUAUUACCCCCUUGCUAAUGAGCCGGAGACACAGGGUAAUGCUAAUGAUGUUACUGAAGAUCUAGUUAAGCUUACAGAGCAAUCAUUUUUUCCAAAGAAGAAGCCUAAUCAUGUAAAGGCUAGACCGACAGUAGUAAAAUUAGAUGAAGCGGAUGGAAGAAUUCCUAGUGUCACAAAGAAAUUAGAUUCUGCAAAUACUGCAAUAUCUGGAGCUGUACAAGAUGUUCUUUUGGGUAAUGAUACCAACCCGUACUCAUCACAAGUAAAACCAUCUGACAAGCUAUCAAGCAAUUCAAAGGGGAAGGAGAAAUUACAUAUUGGUCAAAGUAUUGAAUUGAAUGAGCAUACUACUGUGGAUAAGUCUGAGCUUGAUUCUUCAAGACCAAAAAGAAAUAAAAAGCAUAAAGAGAGAAAGCAUCGGAGUUCAGUUAAGACUGCCGAGGACAGAGAUAAGAAUGGUCUAGAAGAUAAGCAGACGAGUGGUCACCACCACACAAGGAACAAGGCUCGACAUAGAGCGGAUGGAGACCUAAAAGUGGUUGCACAAACACCUGUAAUACCUGAUUUCCUUCUAUAGUGUCAAAUACUGGAAAAGAUCAUUUGAGCAGCUUCAGACAAAAGUUGAAUUACUUUGCUUGUUAAAUCAUUGUGUUUGAAUUCAGAGACUGUCCAAUGGGACUGGGUGAAAUGAUCAAAGGAUCAACUUCUUGAAGACUUGAACAGAUGCGGGUCAGUUUCAUGUAUAGAAGGUACUCUGACCAUUUAAACUUUGGGGGUAACAACAGAGCUUCUGCAGUGCUCCAAAAUAUAACAAAAUACGCAAAACGAUGAAACCAUACCAAGAUAUAUCACAGAACAGGAUGCAUCAGUUGGUGUUUUUGUUUCAAUCACAGGAUAUCAAGAAAAAGUGCUUGCAGUGUCAUGACAUAUUUUCAACGUUCUUGGUUUGAUUGAGCUGAUGCAGGGAGAAUUACCUAAUUCUGUUAUCCAGGGGAGAGAAAACUUUGAGAAGGGAGAAUCAAAAGCUUCUGAUUUUAUCAAGCUGGUGCAUGAUGCCUUCUCAGAGGAUCUUGGGCCGAUUUCUCUAACUGCCCAAGAAGGCCUAUACCAGACGGACCUUUGCUCGAGGAGAAUCUCAAUAACCUGGAUAAGAUAUGCGGUGAUAUAGAGUUACCAGUGUCGACUUCUUUCUCCUUAGGAAGGCCUGCUUCUGAUAAGCAUGACAGUGUUCCCCUCUUAACAACCAUGACAAAGAUGAAUCUGAGCUAUCUAAGGAAUCGACGUCUCUGCUUACUGCACACCGGAAGUGACAUGGGUUAUAUUAUCUUUCUUGGGAUGUGGUUUUUGAUUUUUACCCCCCUGCUAAUUAGCCGGAGACGCAGGGUAAUGCCAAUGAUGUUACUGAAGAUCUACUUAAGCUUACAGAGCAAUCAUUUUUCACAAAGAAGAAGCCUAAUUAUGUAAAGGGUAGACCGACAGUAGUAAAAUUAGACGAAGGGGAUGGAAGGAUUCCUAGUGUGACAAGGAAAUUAGAUUCUAUACAAGAUCAUCAUAUACUUUAAAGGAGCUGUACAAGAUCAUCAUAUAAUUCAAAUAGUGUUGAUAGUUGAAAUCAUGAUUUACAUGAUUGCUGCCUAAUCAUUUGUUUUGCCUACAAGAUCAACAGAACUUAGGGAGAAAUUAGGGAUCUGAACGUUCAAAUACAAGUCUGACAGCUACCAAAUUUUGCUACUGCAA